CAUUGGUUAAUGGCGUAAAAUGGGCGUGCUAAACAAGUGACAGCGUAGAUCAAACUUUGUUAGCUUGCUGCUAAUUUUCCGAGUUGGAAAUGUCCUAUACUUGACACAGUCCCGCUGGGAAUCAACGGAAAGAUGAGCUGCCACACGGACGGCGACGAUGGAGACCUCUGCGGAUGGGCGAGUUCAAUGCUGGUACACGGCAAGAACGACAUCACGGCCGUGACAACCCGAGUGCAACAGUUUGUGGAGGAGAGGAUGCAGACCACCAUGCUCACAGGCGUGCUAAUCGGCGCCACCGUUGCAGUCGCAAUGAUCGGGAUCGUGGUGCUCUUCCUGUACCGGAGAUUCAAACAUGCUCGUGAACAGCAGCCUGGCGUGCCUCACUACCGUUUCAGAAAACGAGACAAAGUGCUCUUCUAUGGACGGAAAAUCAUGCGCAAGGUCCAGACGUUGUCCGCCAUCCCUCCGCCUUCAUCGUCUACCUCAGUGUCAAAGCAGCCACAGCGCGUCCGCAAGAGAACCAAAGUCCUGAGCAUCGCUCGCAAAAUCCUUCGCAUCCGCAAAGAUCCGCCCACCCUACAGCCCAAAGAACCUCCUCCCUCACUGCUGGAGGCCGACCUGACCGAGUUUGACGUGCAGAGCUCCAACCUGCCCUCCGAGGUCCUCUACAUGCUGAAGAACGUCAGGGUGUUGGGACACUUUGACAAGCCCUUGUUCCUGGAGCUGUGUCGGCACAUGGUGUUCAUCGAGUUGCAGGAGGGCGAGAGUCUUUUCAAGCCCGGGGACGACGACGACAGCAUCUACGUGGUCCAGGACGGACGACUGGAGCUGUGCAUUUUUGAGAACGAUGGCACAGAAGUGGCAGUGAAGGAUGUUCUUCCCGGAGACAGCGUCCACAGCUUGCUCAGUAUUCUGGACAUCAUCACAGGUUACCCGGCCCCUUACAAGACGGUAUCGGCACGAGCAGCCACCCGCUCCACCAUCUUACGCUUGCCUGCGUCAGCGUUCGAGUCUGUGUUUAAGAAAUACCCCGAGACACUAGUGCGCGUCAUUCAGAUAAUCAUGGUGCGCCUCCAAAGAGUCACCUUCCUGGCGUUACAUAACUACCUGGGCCUAACGACGGAGCUCUUCAACCCGGAGAGUCAUGCGGUGCCUUUGUCCAAUGUGAACUUGGUAACAAGCGAGGCCAUGUCUGGAAAGACCACUCGCCGUUUGCACUUCCAGGAUGAGCUCGCGACGGGAAGCACGGAUAGCCCCGCAGAGUCAGGCGAUGGCGUAAAAGACAGUCCUUCAAACAGCUUCAGGAAGCAGAGAUCCAUCUCCAUGACCAGUGACAGCGCAGGCAACGACAUGAGCAUGGUACGUGAAAGGGCCCGGGUCAACAUGGAUGAGAUGCCGCCCAGUCCCGGCACUCAGAAGUCUAGCCUGAAGAAGAGCGUCACCAUGCAGCACGCCCCCUCAGAGGUGUUCCACUACACGGACAGCGGGGGGCAGGCUGACAGCGUCCACCUCGGCAAGAGCGGCACCAUCUUCCAGGCCGCGAAGAAGGACCUGCUGGCAAUCAUCCAGCUGCAGGAUCCCAGCCUGCUGGAGGGAAGAGUGACCCUCCAUCAAGUCAAGGCCGGUUCCGUUGUGGCUCGACAGGGAGACCAGGAGGUGAGCAUCCAGUUUGUCAUCUCGGGCCUCCUCCACGUUUACCAGCGGAUGAUCGACCGCGAGGAGGACAUGCGUCUCUUUGUGACUCACCCCGGAGAGCUCGUCGGUCAGCUCGCUGUCCUGACGGGAGAGCCGCUCAUAUUUACUGUCCGAGCCCAACGAGACUGCAGCUUCCUCUCCAUUUCCAAAACGCACUUCUACGAAAUCAUGCGCGUGGAGCCAAAAGUCGUGCUGAACGUCGCUCACACGGUGGUGAGGAGGAUGUCGUCUUUCGUCAGACAGAUCGACUUUGCUCUGGACUGGAUGGCGGUGGAAGCCGGCAGGGCCGUGUACAGGCAGGGGGAGAAGUCCGACAGCACCUUCAUCGUGCUGAGCGGCCGACUGCGAUCUGUGAUUAUGAAGGAGGACGGCAAGAAGGAGCUGAUAGGAGAGUACGGGCGUGGCGACCUAAUUGGAGUGGUGGAGGCGCUGACCCAUCAGAACCGAGCCACCACGGUCCAUGCGGUGCGGGACUCGGAGCUGGCCAAGUUGCCGGAGGGCGCUCUCAGCUCCAUCAAGAGGAAAUUCCCCCAGGUUGUCACCCAGCUCAUCCAUUUGCUCGGGCAGAAGAUUCUGCAGCAGGUUAAUGUUCCUCUGACAGCUCGCAGUUUGGCGCUGCACACCCCCGGCAGUAAGUGGGACGCGGGCAACCAGGCCUCCAACCUGUCCACCGUGGCCGUCCUGCCGGUUUCAGAGGAGGUGCCGCUCACCGCUUUCACCUUGGAGCUGCAGCACGCGCUCCUCGCCAUUGGUCCCACUCUUCUACUGACGAGUGACAUCAUUAAGCAGCGCCUCGGAGCCGCGGCGCUAGACAGUGUUCAUGAGUAUCGUCUGUCCAGCUGGUUGGGCCAACAGGAGGACAUCCAUCGUAUUGUUCUCUACCAGACGGACUCCACGCUGACCCCCUGGACGCAGCGCUGCAUUCGCCAGGCCGACUGCAUCAUCAUUGUGGGCUUGGGCGAGCAGGACCCUGCCGUCGGCGAGCUGGAGCGCAUGCUGGAAGGAAGUGCCGUGCGUGCCCAGAAGCAGCUGGUGCUGCUGCACAAAGAAGACGGUCCCCGGCCCAAGGGGACCGUGGACUGGCUCAACAUGCGGAGCUGGAUAUCCCGACACCUCCACCUGUCCUGCCCGCGCAGGGUCUUCUCCAAGCGGAGCCUGCCCAAACUGCUGGAGCUCUAUCAGCGUGUGUUCGAGAAGCCAGCAGACCGCCACUCAGAUUUCUCCCGACUGGCACGAGUCCUCACUGGGAAUGCCAUCGCCCUCGUCCUGGGAGGAGGCGGGGCCAGAGGUUGUUGCCAGGUAGGCAUCGUGCGAGCGCUCUGUGAAGCUGGCAUCCCGGUCGACCUGGUUGGCGGCACUUCCAUCGGGUCCCUGAUGGGGGCGCUCUAUGCAGAGGACCGCAGCCACAGCCGCAUGAGGAUGAGGGCACGAGAAUGGGCCAUGGAAAUGACUUCUGUGUUUAAGAAGGUUCUGGAUUUAACAUACCCAGUCACCUCCAUGUUCUCUGGUGCCGCCUUCAACUCCAGCAUCAGCAAUGUCUUCAAAAGCAAGCAGAUUGAGGACCUUUGGAUCCCGUAUUUCAAUAUCACAGCUGACAUUAGUGCCUCUGCAAUGCGAGUCCACACUGAUGGUUCUCUAUGGAGGUACGUACGCGCCAGCAUGUCUCUAUCGGGGUACCUGCCCCCUCUCUGCGACCCCAAAGAUGGGCACCUUCUAAUGGAUGGAGGCUACAUCAACAACCUGCCAGCUGACGUGGCACGCUCCAUGGGGGCCAAAGUGGUGAUAGCGAUUGACGUGGGCAGCCGCAAUGAAACCAACCUCACUAAUUACGGCGACUCGCUGUCAGGCUGGUGGCUGCUAUGGAAACGCCUCAACCCCCUGGCAGAGAAAGUCAAGGUGUUGAACAUGGCCGAGAUUCAGACUCGCCUGGCCUACGUGUGCUGCGUACGACACCUGGAUACUGUGAAGAAUAGUGACUACUGCGAGUAUAUCAGACCCCCCAUCGACAGAUACAGGACGCUGGAGUUUGGGAAGUUUGACGAGAUUGCUGAGGUGGGAUACCAGCACGGCAAGACAGUGUUUGACGUGUGGAGUCGCAGCGGCGUGGUGGAGAAAAUGCUGAAGGACAGACACCAGGAGGAGUUUCACAACACUCAGUGCAAGAACAAUGUGUUGACGUGUCCCAAUGCUUCCUUCACUGACCUGGCAGAAAUUGUGUCUCGCAUCGAACCUGUCAAACCUGCCCUGGUGGACGAGGAGUCAGACUACCACACUGACUAUGACGAGGAGGCGGUGGAGAGCGCUCUGUCUGACCUGGAGCUAUACGCUCACUAUGGAGAGCACACUGAAGGGGAGGAGACGGCGGACACGGAUGAAGAACUGGAUGAGCGGAGUGCUCGCCACCGCCGCAAUCACGCACUCUUGGAAGAUCAACCACAUUCACUGAACAACUUCGCCAAUCAGGAAGUACUUUCCAAGCCGUCCAGCAAGUGAUGAGAGACGCUGCGUCUGUACCACAUGACUCUCGUAUUGAGACUGUAGCGGGAUCGCACCAGAAGAAGAAGGCAUUGCAGCCGCAAGGUAAUCUACAGGAAGCAGAAUCAGGACCACACGGAUAACAUCAGUGUGUCCCUUAUGCUGCUUCGUACAUUUAUUUUGGAAAGAACAAACAAAAACAAAAACAGAGCCUAUGCAGAAUUUGCUAUGAUUUUGUGCCAUAAGUAGUUUAUCAUACUACUACUACUACUCUACCUUUCAAUCCAUACCGCCUUGAGUAAUUGUUACUGUUUAGAUGUACAAGCCUGUCUUUAGCGCUUCCGUGCGGGAGAACACGUGCGUAGCCUGGGCAGCACCCCUGCACGGGUGGGCGGCGUCACUCUACAGAUGCACUUCAAUGCAAACGUUCAUUUACUGACUGGUAGUGCUUCCUGGAGGACACUACUUUAUCAAAUAGCAUUUACCUCAUUGCUACUACAUCGUUACUAUUUAGUAGGAAUAUAGAGAAGUGGCAUUAAUCAUCCUCACCUCAAAAAAUAUUACUAUUAUUAUUAAAAUAGAUCCUUAUUGAUUGUAUUGUCUGAUAGUGAUCUGUGUCACUUUUUUUAAAAUCUGGGAUAUUUGAACAAAAAUAUGGGGACAGAACAAACUACAGGAAGUUAAAGUAAGUAAACGACCCGCAUAGGAGGCGUAUCUCGACUACAGGAUGUGGAAUCUCCAUGUGGGCUUAGUGGGCCUUAUUAUGUCAUUCCAGUGCCAGGAGCCUUAUCCAAGUACAGUGGAACCUCUAAAGCACAACUCGAUUUUCCUUGGAUUUUUUUUUUUUUUUUUUGUCAUGCAAGUUUAAAAACGAGCCAACAUCUGUAUUAUGAAAUAACGAAGCAGCACUCAAGUUGAACUUGAAUGGCAAAGGGGGUGUUGUAUCGUAGCCUUCUUAAAGGAAAAGUGCACUUUUGGGGCGAAUAUUGCCCAUCAGCCACAAUCCUUCUGUGAGACAUGAGCUUUCUCUGUUCUAUACAUCCUAAAGAUAUCAAAAUAGCUAAUAAAUGCACAUAAUGGGGCGCACCUAUUCUGCUUACAAAGCUGUUAAAACAUCUUUCCUGGGUGCAGUGACUUCACGUAGCAACACAGCAAGGAAUGCUACACUUAGCGUUACCUUUUCCACAAGGUUUUUCCCCUGUGUUGCGACUAUUACACGACAAUCUUUGAUCUCAAACUGUUUAAAGUCUCAUUAGUAGAGGACGUUAGAGCUGAAGGUUUGUGUACUAAAAGGGAGCCGGAAAAGAUCACAACACAAACAAUUCAGCCGUUAGCUGUCCCAGCGCAGCAGCCAACCAGGAAGUCAUCGUCCCACUCGGUAAUGGAGCGCAUUACGCCACAGCUGGAUAAAACCGUGGUGAGGAGCGUUGGCCGUUCACUGAGUCAAGUUGAUUUUUGUGAGCGCGUGUGUGGUGAAGCUAGUCGCAAGCCGGCUACUCGUGGUGUCACUACGCCGGUAAAAUAGUUCUUGGGCGUAACAACAACGGCGCUGUACAUUGGUUAAUAAGCAUAAUCACAUUAUGGAAAUUUGGUGUGAGAUUUAUUGGUGUGUUUUCCGGAAGUGGAAAAAGGUGCAUCCCAUUCAUAAUAGUAAUGAUUACAUUUUCUAGUACUUCACACUUCACAUUAAAGUGAAGUCACACACUGGUGGUGGUAAACUACAUCUGUAGUCACAGCUGCCCUGGGGUCGACUGAAGGAAACAUGGCCUCUCCGAUCACCACCAAACAUUCAUUUGCAUUCAUACACCAGUGUGGGCAGCACUCGAGGCAAGGCGGGUGACAUGUCUUGCCUCGGGACACGACGACAGUGGCUGGGUGGCGGGAGCACGUAUCGACCCGCUACCCUUCCCCUUUUUGGGCGACCUGCUCUACUUCCUGAGCCACUGCCGUCCUAUCGUUACAUGACAGGGUGGUGUUCAGGAUGGUUCUUAGGUGCUUGUAAAUUUUCAUAAUGUCUUGUCUUGACAAUACAAUGGUGUAGUCCCAUAAUAUACGUUGGACUCUUAACACGUUUGUUAGUUUCCUGACACAUUGAUAUAGCACACCUGUCAGUCACAUGAGAAACCCAUAUAUUGACCAUUGUUAGAGCUCACACAACAAAGUCAUAUACUGGAGUAUCAUACAUUUCUUUCACAAAAGUGCAUCUCUGCUUUAUCAUAUAGGUGAUCAAUUAUUAUUAAUAUCAACUUCAGUCUUUUUUUUCCCUUUUUUUGGCCAUUUUUUUAAUUUUACAAAUAUUAAACUUCUUUUAAAAAUCACCGUAAACUUUAUUUUGAUAAUAUAACAUUAUUUCAAUAAUGUUCAUAUAUGUAUAUAUUAUUAUUUAUAUAGUAUACGGUAUUUCCAGUAUCCCAAAAAGUUGUGCUUUGUCAUAUUUGGCUUGCAGUCAGUUAGUUGUUACGAUAGACUAUAUAUUCAACAUUAGUAGCAAAACUUGGCCAAAUUGCUUAAACUUAACUGCGAUCCUUGUGAGGAUAAGCGGCAUAGAAAACGGAUGGAUGGAUGGGGUGGAAAUAUUUGGAAAACGUAAAAAAAAAAGAGAAAAAAGUCUGAAGUUUAUACUACUAAUAAUACUUGUUUCAUUUUUAUGACAAAGCUGAGAUGAAAUACUGUAUAAGGCUUAUCAUAUUUACAUGUGUUGCUUUUAGCCGCUUGUAGCCUGGAGGGAACAAUGGCGGCACACUGAUCCACUCUCAUUUGUCCGUUUACGUUCCCAAAAAGGAGACUUUAGCGACAGAAACUGUCUCCUCCUUGGGAAUAUCACGUGCCAAUUACACUUCCUGUCCCUCACUCCAUGUGUAGCGGACAAAUGGGAUGACGAGUACGCGUGCCGUUAAACCCCUUACUUGAGGCCGUAAAAUUGUCACAAAAAAAAAGUAAAAAGCCAAAGAAAAAGUAAACCCGUGCACAGUCAGGCCUUUUGAUCAUUUGAAUUACCAACCCGUCGACCUGUGGGAGACUUUAGAGGUUCCACUGUACGAGCAGUCAGCGCUGGUGUUGGCUAACAGAAGCGUCUUUCUCCAUUUUGGGGCAUUUCCAAAAACAAAGCACAAAGGAUUGAUGGUCUCUGUCGCAGACACCAUGAACGAUUUACAGCUCUUUUUUUUUUUUUUUAAACGCUGAUGGAUGAGACGCUGAUGCGAUGUGUGGACCCACGCCAGGUGGCGCUAACACACACACACACACACACGCUUUGGAUGGACAAGUGCACAAUGAUAUAUGCCUUCACACCAUGGCUUUAAUGACUUAGCAUAUUUGUGUAUUCCUUAUUCCUUAUUUCAUCAUCAGGUGAUACUAAUAAACCACUAUUGUGCUUUCA